UCCAAAAUUUGCAUGAAAGCCACUCUCUCUUCUGAGUUUUUUUCCGAGUCUCUCUCUCUCUCUCUCUCUCUCUCAGCUUCAGAAAUAGUUACAGAAGAUAGAUCUUACCCAAAGAAGAGACACAAAGAGAAGAGAGAGCAAAAAAAAAAGGAUGAUUAGGUUUAAUCAAGAAGACAAGCACAAGCUGUAUGUUAGGGUUUAGGUUUGGGAUAUGACUCAUACUCAAAUAUGGAGAAGGUCCUCUCUAUUAAUGGUGUUCUUCCUUUAUUCUAUACUGUAUCUCCUUUGUGUAAAUUCCCGGAUAGGGACAAUUCAGGUAUUUCAAGAAACGGCGACGAUGACCACCUCUCCUGCUCCGGCUAAUAAACAAGAUCUGAUGAAGAAGUACUUUGGCGCCGCCAAAUUUACUCCGGUAGAUUCUUUAGCCCGAAAUGGGAUCAGUGACAGUAAAAGAACGGUACCAAGUUGUCCGGAUCAUCUCCACAACUAGUAGAAGCAGUUUCUUGAUAUUUUGUUUUAUUUUAUUUUCUUGUUCCUCUUAUAUUCAUAUAUAUGUAAUGAAUCAAAAAAGUUCAUUUACUCAAAAUUCCCACGUUCUUUUUCUUUAAUGUAAGAAAAAACGAAGGUAUUUUGGAGUUUUUAAUCACUAAUCAAUAAAAAAUAGUUAUAUUUACCAGGUAAA